UUAUAAUUAAGAUCGAAAGACCAACUUCCAAGUGAUGUACACUAUAAUAAUUUCGUAAUCUCUUCUAUUGAAUUGAAAUUCUUACGUGAUAUAUUUCACUAAAACGUUUAGACGAGGCAAAAUUUUAAAGAAAAGAGAAGAGUAUGAUUUGCGAGGCAGUAAAGUACAACGAUUACGUGGCUGAUAAGAUAUUCAGAAUAAUUUUUCUCAUGCAUAAAAAAAGUACGGUGAUUUACUAGUGGGACAAUUCAACGACUUAUCAAUAUGCGAUUUAUUCGCAGUGUGCCGAUACUUUCACGAGCUUUCGUGUUGUUCGCUGCUUUAACGUCAGGUACUUGGGCCAUCAACAUAACUACCGUCGAUAUUCCAUAUUUGAUAAAGGCCGGAAGUACGGAUCCCAUCAUCCUAGACUGCAAUUACGAGUUGGGCAACUCUUCGACGGACGGUCUCGUGAUCAAGUGGUUUGUGAAUCAGGAUGUACUUUACCAAUGGAUUCAUGGUAAAGUACCUACGGGCUCGGAGGAAUUCAAGAAAUACAUCGACGAGUCAUUCAAAGCGAGCAACGAUCCCAGAACGAUGUACAGGGCAGUAAAACUCGUUAAACCCAGCCACGAGCUCAGUGGAAAUGUCACGUGUCUCAUAUCUUCAAUGUAUGGGGAAGCUCGGGCCAUCCGGAAGAUGCUCGUCUACUCUCCAGCAAAAAGCUUACAACUACAUCAUCCAUUAUUAAAUAAAACUGCAAAUCGCCUCACAGUUACUUGCCUAGCCGAAGGCCUAUAUCCACGACCCAAGAUCAUUAUUCAUCGAGACAGGAAGCCCAUUCAAUUCCAGGAACAAAGGUACAAAAAUAAUACGGAUGGACGCUUCACUGCAGAAGCUAUUGCAGUCUUGAAAGCUGAUAAAGUUAAACUGCCAGUUAUAUUCCAAUGCGAAGUUUCGAUAUUCGAAGCGAAUUAUUCGUUCAUUCAGGAAUACGUCUACAAUGGUAGUCAAGUUCCCUGUUUUUCUUUACUAAUACUUACUCUGAAUCUCAUCGUAUUCAAGAGGUACUAGUGGGGCAAAAGCAUUUGUCAACAAUAUGUCCAAGUGCCUAUAUUACUAAACAGUAAAUGGACAAAAUGUGAAAUAAGAGAAGAAAAUGAAUUUAAUUCAUGAGGACAUUAUCGUUGUGCAUAUGAAUUGUAAGAAUAUAAAAUAAUGAAUUUGA